AUGUCUUCAAAAAGGCAAGCUUAUUCCAGUGGAGAGGUCCACAAAAAGCCAGCUGAAGAAAGAAACAGUUCAAGGGGAUCAUCACCCUGUGACAGCCAGCGAAGUGAAAUGAAAUGCAAUCAGAGAAAGUCAGACAACAGGAGUCCUGCCUCAAGGGGAUAUCCAAAGGAGUGCAUAGGUCAGUAAACCUGCCUUACAGAACUCCUUAGAGGGUAGAAAACAAGAAGUGCAUGCUAGAGACCAGACCAGGUAGCUUUGUAAAAAAAAUCUUUCUCACAACUAAAAAAUACAGUCAAAACCUUUAAAUACGGCAACAGAGGGGGCCACAGAAAGUGUCUAUAUUAACGGGGUGUCCAUAUUAAGAGGCUUGAAUUUAGAGAAAAUAAUUAUAAGGCCUUUUUCUGGAGGGACUAAUCAAGCUGUCCGUAAUAAAGAGGUGUCCAUGCAUAUAAAGCAGGUGUCCGUAAAGGGGGGUAAGUGUUCUCAGCACAUAUUUGAUCCUCAGCAGAUUUUGAUGAGUUUUCAAAGCAAGGAGAGAACAAAGCUGUGAAAUACAGAACAGCACAUCUGCAGUGGCUCCUAGAUAACAACGUGUUCUCAAUCAACAACAUGGAUCAGUGGCAACCUGACUUGCGUCGAUGGAUACCCAGCAGCAGUGCAAGAUACCCAUUAAGAAUGACAAAACCCAAGCCAUCUACUGACCCAGACUCAUGUAAGGUCAACAUGAUUACUCAAAACUAUUCCACAUCUUGAUUGUUCUAUACAUCAUGGGCAUGAGUGUAAUAAUUUAUUGUCAGUGUCUAGUACAGAACAUUGCAAAAUACAUGCAUUCGGCAAAUCCAAAGUACCAUCUUUUCCUUGAUUGGGGACUUAUUAAGUAAGUAAAAUAAAUAGGUAUUCUAGUAUUUAGUGGUAACAACUUCACGAGACCUGGUUCUUCAUCUACCAUUCCUGAUAAUUGAAAAUGGGGUUUGAAAAUGUUGGUUUUGAGGAGGGGAUAAAACUGGAAUACCCAGAAAAAACUUCUUGGAGCAAUGGAGAGACCCAACAACAAACUUAACCCACAUAAUACCAUCACCUUUGUUAGUUAACCCAGGCUUCACUGGUGGUUGAUGUGGGAGGCAUUAACAUUGUCACCGUUUGAUGAGUCAUCUCAUUCUCCAGCAAUGAUUAUUUUGCUAAUGAAUUUCUAGUGCCUGAGGAUUAUCAAGUACACAUUUACCAUGGGAAAAGGGACAGAGUGUGGGUGAAACAGUGGAUAUCAGGAAUGAUGCAGGCCAGUAGAUUUAUCAUCACCACUAACAAACAACCAUCAAGAAAUGUUUCAAGAGUUAUCCUUGUCCUCACACCAGAGCUUUUUAAUGAGCCAUUUUUCUCAGAGAUUAUUGAUGCUAUUCAAGGAAAAAUUGUUCUUGGUAUAAAGUUGAGAAACUGUAAGGUGCCUGAGGAAAUUGGAAAGGAAUGCAACAGCUACAUGGACCUAACAACAACUGACUUAAGUGACUUGAAUUUUCAUAUUUCAUUCAUGUUCAGGGUAAAAAAGUCCCUCAAACUGCCUGUAUCUAUUUGCUCAGCAUAA